UGGAAAAUUAUGCCAAGGUACAAAAAUGACUUAGAACAUACUCUUUUCAUUUCAUUCUAUAUUUGACAUAUUUUUCUGUGCCUGCAUGGCACAAGUUUUUGAUUCUUUUGCAGGUUUUCCUUUCCGUUUAAGGCUCAAUGGGACUGAAGAACCUCUCCGUUUAAGUGGAGCAGCCAGCAUCGCUGUUUCAGAGGAUAAUAUUACAGCACUGUACUUGGAUGGCAGUCCGCUGACCUAUGCUGUAAUGCCAGCCAUUCCCAUCCUUACCACAGGUUUCGGCAUAUCCGUGUGGAUUAAACUGCUUAAGUAUCCAAAUAGUUUUCAACCUAUCUACGGUGACUGGUCGUCGAAUGCAUCAUUUGCCCUCUCAGUUAAUGAAGAUGGUAGAUUGUGUACAGAGGCAAAAAGACAAGCUCCUGCUACAGGAAAUGUUUUCUCUAUAUGUGGAAACUUGCAUGAUAUUCCAUUGAACAAGUGGACUCACGUAGGAAUGUCUUGGAGAAAAUCCCUCCGUAAACUUCUAUUGUUCAUAAAUGGAAAGACUUUCGAGGACAUUGUCCAUAAAAAUCCAGUCCUUUCUUUCAAGAAUUCAGGGCGUUUACUGCACGACAUUGGCUUCAGGGAGGACACUGGUAACACAAUACAAGCAUACAUGAGUGAUUUUGUAAUUAUAGAUAGAGAAAAAAAUGGGAAAAAUUUUGUAGAGGAAUUCUUCGAAAGCCACCCACUCAGCAAGUUUACCUAAGCCAAAGCUUAGGAAAUAUAAAUUGUUCAUGGACCUGAAAAAAAAUUAAUCUCUUCUUUGGAGAUCACAUGAUGGAAACAUUUUAAUCACAUGUUGGAAAUACACGAGCCUGUUCUGACCCUUCAAGCACGAGUCUUUCUUGAGUGACCACUUCUGCAUAUCCCGACCAAGGAUAUGUCAGUCAUCCCUUGAAAUAAGUGGACUUCUUGACGAAGAAAAAUGGAGACACUUUCUGGCAAACCGACGUGAAC